AUGGCUGCUGUACGCCAUGGAAUUUGGGAGCUGUCGGUAAUCGACGAGGCUUUCGUAGUUGGGAAAGAAAAACAGAGGAAUGCUAAACAAAUGUCACUUAGCAGAUUUGCAUUAUUAUUAUUAUUAUUAUUAUUAUUAUUAUUAUUAUUAUUAUUAUUAUUAUUAUUAUUAUUAUUAUUAUUAUUAUUAUUAUUAGUAGUAGUAGUAGUAGUAUGA